AGGGUCAAAACCAAGGCAUUUCGUGAUGCAUUCCUUUUUGGUCUAACUUCUCAGCCUAGCCUAAAAUGGGCCGCCUUUGAAUUCCUUCCCUCUCUAUCUCACCAAAUAUUGACUCCUUCUUCUUCUUCUUCUUCUUCUUCUGGAUUUACUUUAUGCAGCUGAAUGCUUUGCUCUGCUGCAGCUAUGGCAGAUUGUCAAAUCGGAACCAUCCCAUUUUCUGUUUUUCGUUUCGUCUUCUUCAUUCUUGUUUCCAGCUCUCUUACUCUGUUCUGCUCUGCAGCUGAUACAAUUACUCGAAACCAAACUAUAAGAGACGGCGAGACCUUGGUCUCCAAAGGGCAGAACUAUGAACUGGGUUUCUUCGGCCAUGAAAAUUCCACGUCUCGGUUUGUCGGAAUAUGGUUCCGAAACAUUACAGUGAAAACAUUCAUAUGGGUUGCAAACAGAGAAAACCCAGUUUCUGAUAAAGCCGGAGUUCUAACAAUUGGAAGCGAUGGUAAUCUGGUUGUUCUGGACGGGAAUGGCAGACCACUCUGGUCGAGCAACGUUAGUCUAUCGUCGGAAAACUCCACGGCAAAACUCGAUGAUGAUGGAAGUCUUAUUCUCACAAGCAGCGACGGUAAGAGCCAUUGGCAGAGUUUCGAUUAUCCAACGGAUACGUUUUUGCCGGGCAUGAAAGUUGUAGUAAAUCGUUUAAAAGGAGAGAAUCGUGCUUUUACUUCAUGGAAAGCCGAAACCGAUCCUUCACCGGGAAACUAUUCGAUGGGUGUUGAUCCACGUGGGUCACCUCAGAUAGUGAUUUGGGAGGGAUCAAGAAGGAGGUGGAGGAGCGGACCAUGGAACUCACUGACUUUCAAUGGCAUUCCCAAUAUGUCUUCUGCUAAUUUGUUGUAUGGGUUUAGGCUUUCCAACGAGGAGGAGGAUGAAAGCAGGUAUUUCACUUAUACCCCUUUGAAUGUUUCGGAUAAAAUGAUGUUUCGGAUUCGGUGGGAUGGGUUUGAAGAGCAGCUACGGUGGGAAGAAGAAAAUAAGAAAUGGAGUGUAAUGCAGUCGCAGCCGGAUAAGAACAACGAUUGUGAGCUUUACAAUAAAUGUGGGAAUUUCGCUAUCUGUAGCUCUUGGGAAUCGCCUAUUUGCAGUUGUAUGCAAGGUUUUGUGCCGAAAAAUUGGGAAGAAUGGAGGAGGGGAAAAUGGGAAGAAGGAUGUUCUAGGAGGACACCAUUGCUGUGUCAAAGAAAUAGCACUGGAACGCAGGAAGGCGGUGAUGAAGAUGGAUUUGCAAGUGUAAAAUGUGCCAAAUUGCCAGAUUUUGGAGAUCUGGUAAGGGUAGAUAACACGGAUAAUUGUAAGGGAAAGUGCUCGAGUGAUUGCAAUUGUACGGCCUACUCAUAUGUUAAUGGGAUCGGAUGCUUAAUAUGGAGUGGUGAGUUGUUGGACGUUCAGCAUUUUACAAAAGGUGGAAAUACUCUCUACAUUCGACUUGCGCAUUCUGAUUUAGGUGGGAAGAAGUCAUUGUCCACCGUUUUGAUUGUUACAAUAACUAUAGUUGGAGCAGUGUUCCUUGGACUUUUCAUCUGUUUAGCAUGGAGGUUCAAAUCAAAACUGAAAGUUUUGCCCUCCACUGCCACCUCCACGACUACCACUUCACUAGGCUGGAGGAGAAGCAAUGAAAUACCACCUUAUGAUGCAAGCAAGAGUGCAGAAAUUUCGACAGAGCUCUCAGGACCAGUUGACCUUGGUAUAGAAGGCAAUCAAGUAAAUGGACCAGACUUGCCAAUGUUCAAUUUUAAUUGUAUAGCAGCUACUACAAACAACUUUUCUGAAGAAAAUAAACUUGGACAAGGAGGAUUUGGUCUUGUGUACAAGGGAACACUUCCAGGGGGACAAGAAAUUGCUGUCAAGAGGCUUUCAAGAAAGUCAGGCCAAGGCCUGGAGGAGUUUAAGAAUGAGAUUAUUCUGAUUGCUAAAUUACAACACAGAAAUCUUGUCAGACUUUUGGGCUGCUGCAUUCAAGGAGAGGAAAAGAUGCUGCUCUAUGAAUAUAUGCCAAACAAAAGCUUGGAUUCUUUUAUUUUUGAUUUGGAUAAGCAAGCAUUACUAGACUGGAAAAAACGCUAUACCAUUAUUGAAGGCAUUGCACGAGGGCUCCUUUAUUUGCAUCGAGAUUCAAGGCUUAGAAUAAUUCAUCGAGACUUAAAGGCUAGCAACAUUUUGUUAGAUGAAGACUUGAAUCCAAAGAUUUCCGACUUUGGCAUGGCAAGAAUAUUUGGGGGGAACCAAAAUGAAGCGAACACAAACCGAGUAGUUGGCACAUAUGGCUAUAUGGCACCUGAAUAUGCAAUGGAAGGUCUCUUUUCAGUGAAGUCGGAUGUAUAUAGCUUUGGGGUAUUGCUAUUAGAGAUUGUGAGUGGCAGGAGGAACAUUAGCUACCGUUCGACUGAAUAUGCAAGUCUUCUUGCAUAUGCAUGGCAACUUUGGAGUGAAGGAAGAGCAGCUGAACUCAUAGAUGCUUCAAUUGCAGAAACAUGUUCCAGAAAUGAAGUGUUGAGAUGCAUACAUGUAGGGAUGCUAUGCGUGCAAGAUUCUCCAGGUUAUAGACCAACCAUGUCAUCUGUGGUGUUGAUGCUGGAGAGUGAAACUGCAAAUCUUCCAUUGCCAAGACAACCCACAUUUACUUCAAUGAGGGGCCAUAUUGAUUCAGAUUUAUUUUCCGAAGGCUAUGAAAACGCAUCCUUAAAUGAUAUGACAGUAACAAUGGUGGUUGAUGGGAGAUAGCCCAAGGUUGAUACUUCUUAAAAAAAAAAAAAAAAAAUGUUUGAAUAUACAUGUUUAUAUGCUUUACGGUUUUGGUUAUAUAUAUCUAUUGAUGAGUGAUUUUUGAAUUUCACUGCUUUUUUUUUUAUUAUUAUUUUUUUAUUUGGGUUACUAGUCAAGUUGGCAGGAAUAUAGAAAACAUAGAGGUUAGGUUCGAAUUAUUUGUGGAAUCUGUAAGUGUCAUAUUUAUAAAUAUAAUUGUAUAUGGAAAUCUUUUACUCGAUCAAUGUAGGGACCGAUAUUCUCGUUUUUGGUAAUUACAGACCGUUGUAUGAAUGCAUUAAAAUUUACAUGUAAAUAUACGAACAGAUAAUGGAAGAUUGAGAACCAGAGUAUUGAUUAUA